CAUUGCUGAAGUCCUUCUUGACUUCACACCUGCCGAUAUCACAGUCAGACACGGAGCUGCAGCUCUAAGGACGGGUCGCAACCAAGAGUUUCUGGCUUUAGUUGUUGUUGUUUCCAGCGGCGGACAAAAGACGGCAUCAUGGCAGCCACCCUGUGUCAGGUGAUGGGCUUCGUCCUGAGUUUGCUAGGGGUCGCGGGAAUAAUCGCCGCGACGGGGAUGGACCAGUGGGCCACAGAAGACCUCUUUGACAACGUCGUGACGGCCGUGUACUCGUACUCAGGCCUGUGGCGGUCCUGCGUUCGGCAGAGCUCCGGCUUCACAGAAUGCCGACCGUAUUUCACCAUUCUGGGCCUUCCAGCUCUGCUCCAAGCCGUCCGGGCCUUGAUGAUCGUCGGCAUUGUUCUGGGAGCCAUCGGCUGUCUUAUUGCCAUAUUCGCCCUGAAGUGCUUGAAAAUGGGGAACAUGGAGGACAACAUCAAAGCCACGAUGACCCUGACAGCCGGGAUCAUGUUUCUCCUGGCAGGUGUCUGUGGCAUUGCCGGAGUGUCGACUUUCGCAAACUUGAUUGUGCAGAGUUUUCGGUUCACGACGUAUGCUGACGGUGGGUUUAACAUGUACGGAGGAGCAAACGUUGGCGGACUAACCGGAUCUCUGACUCCAAGGUACACAUUUGGCCCCGCUCUUUUUGUGGGUUGGAUCGGUGGAGCAGUCUUGGCCAUUGGAGGUGUCAUGAUGUGCCUGGCCUGUCGUGGAAUGAAACAAGACAAACCGCAGAGGUAUGAUGGGAUGGCCUACAAAGCCGCCUCUCAGCACACAACGUACAGGCAGGACACCAGACCCCGAACGCAAUACAAUGACUCCUACAAAGCCCAGAGUGUGGACGGGAGGAACCAGAGAUUUGACUACGUGUAAUAGUCUUGUGAAUACCUCUUUUAUACUCUGCAGUUGUGUGAUGAGUUUCUCUGCUCUUUUAGCCUACGUUCAUGGAAAGAGGGUUUGUUUUUCUCCCGCCUUUAAUUUGGUGGAAACAUUUUGUAUGUGUGUGUUUUUUUUAAAUACCAUCAUGUAAUCAUAGUUGUCAAAUGCUGUUGUGUGAUUUGUGCUGUUUCGUGACUGUCAAAAAUGUCUGUAUUUUUCCUAAUACUAAAUACAACAACACGACAUGUUUAACAGAAUAAGAUUCAAGAUGUUCAUUGUUGUAUGCACAGUAAAAACAGCUGUUUAUACCAUAAAAUGAAAGGCCCCCUUACUAACAACAGCAAAGAAAUAAAAGAACCUACAAAGAAUGAAUAUAAAGACCAGAAGAUAAAAAUAAUGACUAAUUGUCAGUCUUAUGGAAGAAGAUAAUAGCCAAUGUAAAUAAGUCAUCUGUCUUUAUCGACAGAAAUCUGAAAUUAAAGUGUGAAUACUGAAAAAAGUAAUAAAAAAAACAAUUGCUAAAAA